AUGACCUCAGAAAAAAGAAAGAGACAGACUGAAAUAGAAGGCAAGCGACAGGAGCUUGACGAGCAGAUACUUCUGCUGCAGCAUUCCAAGUCCAAAGUGCUUCGGGAAAAAUGGCUGCUGCAGGGUAUACCCGCUGGAACUGCCGAGGAGGAGGAAGCCAGGAGGCGGCAGUCUGAGGAGGAUGAGUUCCGAGUCAAACAACUUGAAGAUAACAUUCAGAGGCUGGAGCAGGAAAUACAAGCGCUAGAAAGUGAAGAGUCCCAGAUAUCUGCCAAAGAGCAAAUCAUCCUAGAGAGACUAAAGGAGACAGAAAAAUCAUUCAAGGACUUUCAGAAGAGCUUCUCCAGUACGGAUGGAGCUGUGUACGCCAUGGAAAUUAAUGUGGAGACAGACAAACAAACAGGAGAGACCAAGAUUCUCUCUACAUCCACCAUUGGCCCAGAGGGGGUCCAUCAGAGAGGAGUCAAAGUCUAUGAUGAUGGUACCAAAGUAGUCUAUGAGGUGCACUCAGGAGGCACCAUAGUAGAAAACGGAGUGCACAAAUUAAGCUCAAAGGAUGUAGAAGAGCUUAUUCAGAAGGCUGGACAAUCAAGUUUAAGAGAAGGGCACGUGUCAGAAAGGACUGUGGUUGCAGAUGGGAGCCUGAGCCACCCUAAGGAACACAUGCUCUGCAAAGAAGCCAAGUUAGAAAUGGUACAUAAGUCUAGGAAAGAUCAUUCUUCUGGGAACCCAGGGCAGCAGGUUCAAGCCCCCAGCACUGAAGGGCCUGAGGCAAACUUGGAUCAGCCAGUCACCAUGAUUUUCAUGGGCUACCAAAAUAUUGAGGAUGAAGAGGAGACUAAAAAGGUGCUAGGCUAUGAUGAAACCAUCAAGGCUGAAUUGGUCCUCAUUGAUGAAGAUGAUGAGAAGUCGUUGAGGGAGAAGACAGUGACAGACGUGUCCACUAUUGAUGGGAAUGCAGCUGAGCUUGUGUCCGGGAGGCCAGUCUCAGACACCACAGAGCCCUCAUCCCCAGAAGGGAAAGAAGAGAGUCUGGCCACAGAGCCAGCCCCAGGUACCCAAAAGAAAAAGCGCUGUCAAUGCUGUGUUGUCAUGUGA